GUUUCUCUGUCUACGAUUAUAAUAAUAGAAAAAGAGAGGGAUUAGUAAUCUUUGGCUCUUUGGAAUAGCCAAAUAUUGGGCAAAAAAUUGUUUUGAAUAACAUUAACAGUCCAAAUUCCACUAAUUACUAAUUAGUGGAUUUACAAAUUAUAUUUAUAUCAGAAGUAUGUGUCAAAUGAAUACCUAUAUUGUUCUUUAAAUUAAGUGUUAGUUUGUGUUUUAUAUCAGUGGUUCAAAAAUGUGGCAUUUAACCUCAGAGAAUGAUAAAAGAAUAAUAUUUGUAUUAUCGGGAAAAAAUGUUACAGUAGGCAGAAGCCUUGAUGGACAAAACUGUAAUUUUGCAAUAACAGACGACCCUUCUAUUAGUAGAAAACAUGCAACAAUUUUGAUUUCUGAAGGCGUUUUGUAUUUAAAGGACUUGGGCUCAAAAUAUGGUACUUUUGUUAAUAACUCUGACAAAAUUGAACAUAACAAGAUGAUAAAAUUAAAUUGUAACGAUGUUAUUAAAUUUGGUAAAAUGAGUUGUGUUUGGAAGGUUCAACAGAUUAACUUUAUAACAUGUACAUCAACACUGAAAGGAGAAAAUCUUCAAAGUCUUAAAAACAUUCUUGCUUCAGUAGGUGGAAUCGUUAAAAAUGAGUGGGACGAAACUUGUGAAUAUUUAACAAUGCCUGCAAUAACAUUGACAAUAAAGGUGGUUUUGGCAUUAGUGCAAAACUCACACAUAGUAACUAUUGAUUACUGGAAUAAGUGUGUUGAUGCAGUCAAUAAUAAUACCCCAUUACCGAUACCAAGUAAUUUCAUACCUCAAAUAUUAGAAUCUACUCUCAAUAAAGAAAAUGUAUCUUUUCUUCCAAAUAACGAGAGAAGAUCAUUAUUUGCUGGUAAGAAAGUAAUUUUCUUCUCAAGAAGACAGUUGGAAUUAUACAAAUUAGUGCUAACAAAAAGUUCUGCAAAUGCCUUAUUGUUAAGUGAAUCAAAAAUGACAAAAUCUGCUCUAUGUGAUGAAGGUGUUAUUGUUAUUCAGUAUACUUUUUCUUCUCAGAGCCAAGAUACUCAGGCUCAAAGAGAUCAAAUAAAUGAUAUUAUUGAAUAUCUUAAAAGCAAAGGGAAGAGGGUUGUGGCUGAUGCUGAAAUAGGUCUUGCUAUAUUAUAUUGUUCAACAAGUAAAUACUGUAAUCCAAGUUUUAAUUUCUCCUCAGAAGUUAUAAAACAAGUGCCUUGUCAUAAAAAUAACAGCAACAUACUUGCUCCAGAAUCACAGGACUCUUCUGAUAAUAUGUGCAAGAAAGAAAAUUUGUUAAUUGAUGAAAGUUUAACACCUAUCAAUAAUCAUUCUUUAGCAUUUAAUAGUGAUAACACUAAUAAUAGUUCUAAAAGAAAGUUGAGUGAAGACGAUAAUAGCACUAGUACAAGAAAUCUUCCUAAAAAGUUGGCAACAGAUAACUUUAGUAAAUUAAGUCUUAGCAAUUCUAAGAAAAGACAAAAUGAAUUUAAAGAUUUGGAAAAUCCAUCUAAGAAAAUUGCUAUUGCAAAUAUUACUGAUGAAGAUGAUGUGUUUAAUUUUGUUAAAAAUGAUAAUGUCAAGAACAUAGGUGAAAACAGUUUGAAAAAGAAGCUGAACUUGUCGAAACCUAUGAAAAGAAAACAUAGUACUGAUAAUGAAGAAGAGGAUAUUUUCAAUUUUGUUAAUAAAGAAAACAAAAAAACUGCUUUAGAUAAACCCUCCAAUAGUGAUUCUGAUCCUGUCCAAGAUACUUCACAUACUCAUACAACUAUAUCUAAGACUCCAAAAAGUAUUGAUGAUAGAUUUGAUAUAUCUGCUUUAAGAGGAUCAAAGCUAAAGGAACUAAUGCUGAUCAGUUCUAAUACUCCAUGUUAUAAAUAUAUAAAAAAAGAAUUGGUAACAGAAUUAGAUGACAAAUUUGGUAACAUUGAUUUAGGUUCCACAAGUCUUAUAGUAAUAAAGGAUUUGAUUGUUAAACGAGAACCUAUUCAGGUACAAUCAACAGAGAAUGGAUUGAAAAAUUUCAAGAGAUUUAAAAAGGUUUGGCCUACAAAAAUGCAAGUGACUGUUGUUUCCACAUCAGCUUAAGAUAUUUCUAUACAAUAGAUUAGAAACAAUAAUUAAACAUUUUUGUUGUAAAUUCCAUUAUGGAUUUAUUGCUUUUUUCAUAUAAAAUUGGU